UUGUUCUUCCCCUCUUCCCCGACCAUUUUAUACGAUCCCUUGCAACACCCUCGCCAUAUUAGAAGGCAAGGCAGUCAUUAGCGACACUAACAUGCUUCAAACCAUGCAAGAUGAAGCACUCUAUCUUGCCGCCAAAGCACUCGAUGUCUUUGAUAUCACAGAUUCCACCCAGAUUGCUCGCUUCAUUAAGCAGGAGUUCGACAGGCUUCAUGGACUUGGGUGGCAAUGCAUCGUGGGAAUAGGUUUUGGUUCAUUCUUGAUUCAUGUCUGUGGCUGCUUCAUUCACUUCUGCAUCGGUAGCCUUGCAAUUUUGCUUUUCAAGUGUGCCACGGGUCCCGAGGCUGAGAAGGAACUUUUCACAGCUUUGGAGCCGGUGAAGGAAUGAAAUUGUUUUUCGUUGUUCUGUAUUUUUCUGGGUUUACC